CAUCCGCUCAGUAGAGGGAGAGUAGAAAAGAAUUCUAAGGUACUUUUCAGCGGAUGCUGCGUGCCAAAACCGCGCGAUAUAGUCUACUUUAUUACAGAUGGUUGACAGGGCCAAUAUGAGUCGAGUAAAAGGAAAGGAGAAAUAGCGCGUUAUGUUUUGUCCGGAAACACGCCAUUGCGCAUGAAUCUAUUGGCAAAAUCUCUCCUAUUCCCGCUUAUUGAAGUGUACCAUAUAAUAGCCGAGUGUAUGAUAAGACCAUGCUGCUAUCCGAGACUGUUUUCCCCUACUGUUUCCAAACCUCAUCUUCACACACGUGUGUAACAUAAACUUGAGGUAGGGACAGGAGGGGACCAACAUCAUAAGCGUUCAUCUGCAACAAGAUUGGAGUCUGUUCCCGUGAAUUUCGACUCAGGGUGUGUGCUCUUGGCAUUAUGCUUGAUCAAGUUUGCAGCGUGAACAAAAAAGGCAGGGAUAUAGGACUAUCCGAAUCACCGGGGUUGGUACCAACGAAUCGGUGAGUACCUACUAUGGAUAAUAUUUCUCCCGAUGAUGGCGGAGACAGAAUGAUCGUGAAUAAUAAGCUGCGUUCUCCCAACCAGAUGAGUGAACCAAACACAAUGGACUCUUUUCAAGAUGGAGGCCAGCAAAACAUGAACAACUCCGAACAGAGUGAAUAUCCUCCGAUGGAGGGGGCUCACAUGAACACCGAUAUGAAUAAUUUCCCACCAACAUCAGGAGAACAUGGAAUGGGCCCUGAGAAUUAUAGCAGAAUGAAUGAUAAUAUGCACCAUGGUCAGAUGCAAAACUACCCUUAUAACAGGGGGGGCUAUGGCCUGGGUUCGGAACAACAUGGCGGUAUGCCGGCAUUGGCAGGAAGUACUGAAUUUGGGACUCAGGGUUCACAAUUUCAUGGACAGUAUUCACAAUCACAGGUGAGACCAGGAUAUCCAGGAAUGGAUAAACCAGGUAUGAGUCCAUCCAGGCCGGGUAUGGCACCCCCAGGAAUGGCAAUGAUGUCACCCCCUGGAUACAACCCUAGUGCUCAAAGAAUGAUGUCUGGACAAAGUAUAUCUCAGCAAGGUGGCCCAACACCUACACUAAAUCAGUUGCUACAGACUCCUAACUCUACCCAAAGAUACCCUAAUAAUUACAGUGAAUAUCCAGGGGGGUCGGGCAAGACAAAUGACUUGGGAUCUGGGAACAUGCCAUACAAUAUGCAAGGUCCUUGGAAUGCAAGAGCUUCAUAUCCCCCUGGGCCUAUGGGAGGGACAUCUCCUUACAGAAAUCAAACUGGUUCAAUACCAGGGGAGAUGAACCAGCCGCGCCGUCCGACAUCCAUGUCCCCAUCCAACUACCAGAAUGCUCCUGGGCAGUAUGUGGGCGGGCCCCACCAGUUCUCCCCAGGCUCACAGAGGUAUGGCCGGAGCCCAGGGGCACAGAUGGCCGGUGGCAUGGGGAACCCCCCUUAUAAUCAACAGAUGCAUCCACACUUUAGCCAACAACCGCAGCAGCAGCCACAUCCAGCUAACAACGCAAACAGCCCAGUGCCAGGAUACAGUCAGAGCAUGCCCUCUUCUCAACAGCAAACUUUCCUAUCUCAACAGCUUCAGCCGUCAUCACAGCCCCAGCCCCCAGGGCCGUCUCCCCCCUGCCAGCCGGCCAGUCAGUCCUCGCCCCUUCACACCCCCACUACACCCAUACAGGCUCUCCAACAUCAAACAUCACAGAUGAAGGGGUCCCCAGUCCACAAUAACUCCGAACAGUCACAGCAGGGUAUAACAGAAAACAACAGAACGAGUCAAAACAAGAGGUCAGAAAGCGAAGAGGAGUCAAAAGGGGAACAAGGAGGUGGUGACGACACAGAUUCGCGGACAACUCCAACGUCCACGGGGGUGCCACACCCGGCAGUCUCAUCGCUCCGCCCGGUGCCAUCACCCUCGGGGUCAGCAGGGUCAAGGUCAAAUACGCCAGCCUCUCUUCCAGGAAAUCAAGCUGGCAGUCCUAUGCCUCCACGACCGCCGUCCAGUCAGUUGGAAGGUCAAGGUCGCAUGAGUCAGUCACCAAUGGCAACACAAGGCUACAACCAACAAAUGAUGCCGCCGCCUAUAGGGCCAAACCAGAUGGGGUUUGUGCCUGGGGGGAACAAGAUGGGAGGGGCACCAGGACAGAUGGGUCCUGGGCAACUCGCACACUAUGGUCAGUACAACAACCAGUAUCCCCCCGGCCCGGGACCAGGACCAGGCCCAGGGAACUAUGGACGUCAGCAUAACGUCCCGGGCAUGCAGAAUGCCUCAGGAAUGUCCAACUAUCCCUCUCAGAAUAUGUAUAAUGGGCCAAAUCCGAUGGGGCAGGGAGGUCCUAUGUACAACAACAUGCCCUUGAACCGAGGAAUGGGCAGUUCCAGCUACAAUAAUGCGUACAGUGGCCAAGGCAAUGUGAGCAUGGGACAGAUAGGGGCAAUGAACAAUCAGUACAGUGGCUUCAACAACCAUAUGGGUCCGGGUCCAGGUCCUGUCCCUGGCCCUGGGCCGGGUCCAGGCUCCGGUCCAGGCCCUGGCCCAGGGCCUGGCCAGCAGGGGCCUGGUAUGAAUCCCAACAUGCCGAGUCACUCCUCCAUGAACUCGGUUGGUCCACCAGGUCAGACCGUACAACCAGGUAUGGGGAUGCACACAUCUCCACCCGCAGGGCCGCCCAUGCCGGGCCCAGGUGGCGUGAAGGGGGCUCAGGCCGCUGCCCAAGCUGCCAUGAUCGCUGCUGCCAACAGUGCUGUCGGGAGGGGGGCCCAGAUGAGAUCGGUACCGUCUGUGCCGAUGGGGAUCGUCGGACAACCACGUAUGUUUGGCCCGCAGUCGGCCAAUCAGAUGCCACCCAAUCAGAUGGCACACAUGAACCACAUGGGUCCGAUGAACCCAAAUAUGAACAGUAUGGGUCCCAUGAACCCAAACAUGAACAAUAUGUCAAAUUCUAUGAAUCAAAUGCCUAACAGUAUGUCCCAUAGUCCAGUGACCAACAGUAUGGGCCCGGGUUCAUUGGGGCCUUCAGGUCCUGUUCCUCCACAUAAAGGUGGCAAGUCCAACAGCACUGCCUUGCCUCCAUCAACCGUGUCGGGGCAAUCCAACAGUCCGCCAACAAGUGCAGCAGAGAAUUCCACAACUGCUGCCUUUACGACGACAUCCACAAGUUCUGUCUCACCCAUGCCGAACUCCCAACCUUCACCACCAACAGUUAACCCCAAAUCCCCAGCGGCUGUAUGUCCGAUGGAAACGAAGGUUGCAAACUCGGAACCAGCAGACAGCAAGAGUUUAUUGUCGGAAACACCAUCAGCAGUUAACAGCGGCUCCAACUCCUCCGAUUCCAUGCCAGCCUCUUCGACAGACACGAAACCUGCUGAUCCACCUGCAGAGUUACCCGAGCCGCCUCCAACCACAGCUGCUGCUACUCCCCCAACGUUAGUAGCCAACACCACGACACCAUCAAACUCGGACACUGUGAGCAGCAGCAGCAGCAGCGGCGGCGGGGACGGCACCUCCCCCAACCCGGCCCAGGCUCCAGCACCCCCCUCCACAGAGUCUAGUGGAGGAGAGGUGAAAACUGAAGGAACUAUGACAAUGUCCUCCUCCUCUUCCCCUGAACACCAGCCUAUCACUACAACAGCUAUCACAACCAUGGUCAGCACAACUACUGUAGUGACCCAGAGCAUCACUUGUCCUGUGACCUGCGUUGCAGAGACGACCAUGUGCAACUCUCAAAUGGGAAUUGACAGCAUCCCGAGCAUGCCAGCAAUGAACUGCAUCCCGAUGCCAACGUUUCCGGAAGAGCCUCCUGAGAAGAAGAAAAAGGACAAUGUGGUGGUUGGAGCGCCCUCUCCUGGCGCACCCAAUCUUUCCUCUGCUCAGGACGACAUGAGCAGUAGCCCCAGUUUGCCCGGAACGCCCAAAUCUGGUGGUCCUGCUGAUUUGGGUAAAUUGUAUGAGAUGGGAAUGGAGCCGGAGCGUCGACCAUUCCUGGACAAAAUGUUGAUGUUUUUAGAGGAUAAGGGGACUCCGGUAACAUCGAUGCCUUCCAUCAGUAAACAACCUCUUGAUCUCUAUAAACUAUAUCUCUGUGUGAAGGAGAAAGGAGGAAUGGUUGAGGUUAAUAAGACGAAAAAAUGGAAAGAAAUUUGUGGUUUUGUGAACAUUGGAUCAUCAGCUAGUGCUGCUUUCACAUUAAAAAAGAACUAUAUUAAGUACCUGUUUGCGUACGAGUGCCAGUUUGAUAAAGGGGGCAUUGAUCCUCAGCCGAUCCUUAACCAAAUGGAACAGGCUCUAGCUCAGAAACGAGAACAGAAACAGAAGCGAGCCCCUUCACCAGCUGGAUCUCAAGGUUCAUCGUCCCAGGAUGCAUUCCGCCCGCCCAGUACCCCAAACAGCCAGGGGAUGGACCCCUUCUCCCCAAGCAUGCCUCCCCCAUACAUGCAGAACUCUGACGGGGCAAUGGGGCACAUGGGAGGAGGUGGGGGCAUGAUGCCCCCCAACAACAUGAUGAACCCCAACGCAAUGAUGCCUCCGCAGUCCAACAUGCCCCACCCGUCCGCUAUGGGUGGUGGUCAUAGCAACAUGCCCAACAGUAUGAUGGGGGGCCCCGGGGGCAUGGUUCCCAACAGCAUGAUGCAGGGCAGUAUGGGUCAGAAUAGCAUGAUGGGGAACAAUAUGCCACCGAACAGUAUGAUGGGUGGCAGUGUGCCUUCGAGUGGAAUGAUGGGGGCGUCUAUGCCCAAUAAUGCUAUGAUGCCGGGGAAUAUGCCAAACAACAGUAUGCUAGGGGGCAAUAGUUUUAACCCCCAACAGAACAAUAUGCUAGGGGGCAGCAGUGUACCUCCAAACAGUAUGAUGGGCAAUGCCAUGAUGCCCACCUCCAGUGCAAUGCCCCCUAGUGCUGGCACGACCAUGCCUUCUACAUCAGACAGUAUAAGUGUUCAAGAUCCAUUUGCUGAUGAGCCGACGUCUACUAAUUCCCAAUUUUCUCCCCGACAAAGUGUUAAUUCUCAGAUGCCGCCAUAUUCAAGUAUGCAGCAGCAGCAACAACAAUCCGCGCCCCCACCACAACAGCAACCCCCUCAACAGCAGCAGUCCCAACAGCAGCCAACACCUUCACAACAACAGCAACAACAGCCGCCUAACCAGCAACACAACAGCAACUUUAACUACAAUGCUCGAUCAGGAGUACCCCCAAAUAUGCCCCAAUAUUCCAGUAACAUGACUCAGUCCAAUAUGAACAGUUAUGGGGAUGGUGUUCCCAAUCGUAUCCCCUCUCAAGGAGAGCAAUUCAACGAGUCGUCAACAUACCCCCGACCAGGAAUGGAAUCCUAUCCACCUGGAGGUGCUCGGCCUGGUGAAUCCUAUGUUCCUGGUCAAAGUCAGUACAUUGCCAGACCUCCCAGUGCACCAAACAGAUUCCCCUUUGGACAGCAGUUUGAACGACCAGAAAGGUACGACCAGCAACCUGGCCCUACCCACCCCAGCCAACAGUAUCGCCCAACAUCCCAAGCAGGGAUGAUGGCUCCUAACCAGCCUGGCCCCGAGCAGAUGUUGGGAGCCCGUUACCCGGGGCAACAGAUGCCAGGGAUGAGGCCGCCUCACGGAGGCCCCCAGGAUCAGUACCCAGCACAAUCGUACCCAGCACAGGGCCCGGGCUACACGGGCCCCCGGCCCAUGAUGAGCCAGGAGGGAUACCCCGGGUACAACGGUCAACAGGGCUCCUUUCCUGGGCCCCGCCCGCCUAUGGCCAGGGACAUGACGGGCGGGAUAUACCGCACCCCUAACAAACACUACGCAGAGAUGCCACCAGCGUUUGGCCAUUCAUCGCCAUAUACAGAGCGAGGUAUGCCUGUCCCUAGUCAUGGGGGAUACCCUCACGAGGGUAUGAUUUCACAUCUUGAAGGUCACAUGACUGAUCCUCGACGAGGUGACGUUGGGCAGUGGUCUCCAAUGGCUUCGAGGUACCCCUCCCAACAAGGCCCAAACUACAUGCCACAUGGCAUGGCAGGCAUGCCCCCAGUCGCGCCAGGGACACCACCCAUGGGGCCAUACAGCAGGGCAGGACCUCGAGGAUCACCCCACCCCAGAGAAAACAAACCGUAUAUGACCAAGGCACAGCAGAAGCCGGGUACUCUGUUUCCAAAUGCUCAGUUCCCUCCUAAGAAGGAGAUAGUGUUCCCCCAUGACAGCGUUGAGGCCACACUACCGCUUCUCAAUAAGAGGCGACGUCUGUCCAGCAAAGAUAUAGGAUCAUUGGAAGCAUGGAGAUUAAUGAUGGCUCUGAAAUCAGGUUUGCUGGCGGAGAGCACAUGGGCUCUGGACACUCUCAACGUUCUGUUAUUUGAUGACAGCACUGUAGCUUACUUUAACCUUGUACAUCUGCCUGGCUUACUUGAAGUGUUGAUAGAACAUUUCCGCAAGUGUUUGAUGGAGAUAUUUGGCAUAUUUGACGAUUCCGAUCUUGGGUAUGAUCACAAGCAGGAAAAGUGUGCCGAUGGUGAGUCAGAUGGUGAAGAGGACAAUUCUGAUCCUGAUAACCUUAAAAAUAUUCACGUUACAUGGAAUGGCAAAACUGUCAAGGUCGAGGAGGAAUCCCCUGAAAGAUGGGUGGCUGAUAGAAAGAAAUGGGACGUGUAUAGUGGUUACAGUGGUAGGCGGAAUCAUUGGCAGCUAGGGGGCGGGGACCUGACACAUCACAUUGUUACACAUAUGGAAAGUGGCAAGACACACGAUAUGUUUACCAGGUUAUUCUCCCACAGGAAAAGGACUAGAGAAGAACGUGAUAGCGUAGUUAAUGGCCCUGUGAGUGACCACAGUGAGAAUGUGGAGAGUGAGGAGGUGGCAGGAAAGAUAGACAAGUCAUGUGUGGAUACGACUGAGGAGUGUGUGUCGCACGAGGAGACAAUCUCAAUUAAAGUUGAUCAUUCUGCUGUGUGUGACAAGACGAAAAUUAGAAACAAUUUCAUCAAAUCCGUGCACAUGAAGACCGAGCCUCGUGACUCGGGUCUUGACAGUGUAGACUCGAACGAUUCAUCAUCAAAUGAGGCAGCAGUGAAAGACAAAGCUGCUGCUGAAAAGUGUGCCGAGGACUGCAAGGAGUCAGAGAAGUGUGUGAAUCAUAUAGACAAGUGUGAAAAUUCAUCCGAUUCGGAUCAGGAAGCUCCUUGCCUCACUAAGGAGGAACCCUUUGAUCUGAACUCAAAGCCUGAAAUGAAAAAGGAUGCAGUAAAGGAAGAAAAUGGGAAAGAAGAAAAAGAAGUAACUGAAAUGGAGACGGACGAGGCAUCAAAAGAGGCAUCAAAAGAAGCUCCUGAGCCAAAGGUUGAAUCUGACAUUACAAAAGAGGAGGAGGAUACCCCAACAGAAGCUUCAUCCGAGUCCAAACCAGAGCCAGUGGAUUCCAAGACAGGGGUUCUGAAUUCCAGCAUCACAAGUCGGGAUGAUUUGGCAGAGAUCAGUCUGUCGGAGCAGUCUCUGCUGAAUCUGUCCCACCAGGAGAGUGAGCUGGAGGAGGAGGCGUACCACCGGGAUGAACCACCACUGUGCCUGUCCACAGAAGCCCAGGAGGAGCUGGGGCGACGCUGUGUCUGCAUCUCCAACAUCUUGCGCAGCCUCUCCUGCAUUCCUGGCAACGACGUGGAGAUGUCGAAACAUGCCGCGCUGAUGAAGGUGAUGGGGAGGUUGCUGCUGCUUCAUCACAAACACCUACCUCGCUCAAAGUGUCAUCGGAAACUGGUAGAGAGGGAUGUGGACACGGACAUCGCCGAGCCAGACUUGAUGGGAGACAUUUGUGAAGGCAACGGGGAAUGGUUCUGGAGCUACUUGGAUGCUCUGCGUGAGAAUACAUUAGUGAUAUUUGCCAACAUCUGUGGACAUCUAAACCUAUCGGCCUACUCUGAGAAAAUCUGCUUCCCUAUACUGGAUGGACUUUUGCACUGGGCAGUGUGUCCGUCAUCCUGUGCUAGAGACCCCCUGCCUAGCAUGCCCCCCCAGUCCGUCCUCUCACCUCAGCGACUCGUGCUUGAAGCUUUGUGCAAAUUGUGCAUACAUGACUAUAAUGUAGAUUUACUGUUGGCAACUCCUCCUUUUGAACGGAUUGUGGACCUGUUUUCAAAUUUGUGCAAAUUGGUUUCAAAUAGGAAGGACCAAGUUCCACGGGAAUUUGCUCUAGUUCUCUUAUCAGAGUUAGUGCAAGGUGACAGUAGCGCUGCUCGGGCCAUUGCUCUGCAACACCCAUGUAUAUCAUUACUUGUAGACUUUCUGGAAACAGCUGAACAGAAUGCAUUGCAGGUGGCAAACACACAGGGCAUAGGAGCUCUUCAGAACAACCCGGAGGUUAUGGGUACUAGUCUUGACAUGUUACGGAGGGCUGCCACCAUCCUCUUGAGCUUAGCUAGAAUUGAGGAAAAUCGCAAACUGUUUGUUCAUCAUCAAAGUAGGUUGUUAGCCUUAGUCAUGUCGCAGAUUCUGGAUCAGAGUGUUGCUCAGAUUCUAUCAGACGUUCUGUUUGAAUGUUCCCUGUUUUCAUAGUGAACAGAAGAAGAUUGCAUCACGUGAAAGUGGAUCCACACAGACAAUUUCAUGUUAUUCUUAACUUUUCUAAAGUUUUUAAAAAACUUUAAUUGGAAUUCUAGAAUGGAUAUAUAUCAAAUAAUUUUUACAAGAAAUUUGAAAGAAAGUGAAUCUGAUUCUACUGCCGUUGGUAGGUAUGUUAAACGUUGCACAGCUUCCUAUGCCUGCCAAGGCUUCUAUUGUAACGCUUGUGCUGUUUAAGCAUGGGAGAAACCCUAUAAACAGACAAUUGCCAUAUCAUAAGCAACAUUGACAUUUCCCAAACUUACAUUGAUAUCUGUUUUUCACUGCUCAUAGAAUUGGGUUUCUCAUGUACCCGAAUGUUCAAGAUGUAUAAAAUAUUCACUUACAUUUGUUUAUAGAACAUCCGUUUUCAUAUCAUGUUUUCAUGCUGUUUCAUUGGAUGCCUUUGAAGGGAAGCCAUGUUUUGAUUGGCUCAUUUAUCAUGUUGCUACGGAAACAGAACUGGAGCCAUUUUCUCCUGAAAUCAUUUGACUUCAUAUUGGUGUCGCGUGCGGACGAAUGGACUAUUAUGUUGUGUUAUACCCAGUGAGGAAGCCAUAUACUCUCUAUAUCUCUUCCUGCGUUUUGUACAGUAUGUGUAGAUACAAUUUCAUGUCACAAUUCUUAUUCAAAUAAAAUUGGUUUUGUGAUUGCA